AUGGAGGAGGAGCAGAGGCUCCGGGGGAGGCUGAGCCGCCGCAGGCCGCCCGCAGGGGGCGGGGCCCCCAACUGCCCGCCCUGGUUUCUCUUGGAGGACCGUCAGAGAGAGCCAUGGGCUGCCCUGCUGCGUAGCACUGUGAGCGGGAACGUGGAUUUGACCCCGAAAGUCGAGCCAUUGCCAACACUGCCAGCUUUGCCCGGCCAGGAGUCUCUGCCUGACCCAGAGCCCACUGUGCCUCCUGAGGUCUUCACUGUGGGAUCUAAGACUUUUUCCUGGACGCCUUUUCCACCUGCCCUUGGUGGUUCUGGAAACUCCUACGAGUUGUUCCGCGGGAUUGGUGGCUCCCUGGGGUCACCCACUCCAGCCCUAAAAGGAUAUCCUGCACCAGAUUCCCGUCAGACUCCCAGCACGGAAGAGUGUGUGUCCGUGCAGAGUCCACCCGUGUUGCUGAACUGCCCAUUGUGCCAGAAAGCAUUUGACCCGAAGUUAGCCCAGCUGGAUGUGGAUAGCCACCUUGCUCAGUGCCUGGCUGAAAGCACAGAAGACGUGGUGUGGUGAGCGGCGACUGCUGGGACGUGUCCGAGUGGACAUCCGAGCACGGGCGUCUUCUGGUUUUGCUCGUGGGCACUGAGAAUAAUGCUGAUCGCUGUGGUGCAGACAGCAGCAGGUCCCUACCAUGGUUCCUCUCAUUGCUGACUUAACUGGGUUUAGAAUCACCUAUCAGACAGACCUCAGGCUGUGUCUGUGGAGCUGUCUCCAGGGAUUAACUGAGAAUGGAAGACCCACCUUGGAUGUGGGUGGUGCUGUCCUGUGGCCUGGGGUCUCACUGAAUGAAAAGGGAAAAAGGAGAAAUUGAGCUGCUUCCUUACUGGAGACGGAUGCUCUUCUGACCUGGCCACCAGGGCUACAGCAACAUUUGGUGUUGUGCCUUCCCUGCCGCGAUGGACUGCACUUCAGCCGUGAGCCAGAAUAAACCUUUUCUUAAAAAAUUAUUUAUUUAUUAAUUAUGUAUACUACA